UCCGAACGGAGCGGAGCAGAUUUCGUCGUAGUAAUAACUUGUUUGGAGGGCAGCAAGCACGAGCCACAGCCACAGUCUCAGUAGGUCCCGUCCCCCGUGUCCAGUGCCAGUGUUUUCAAAAGUCUAUCGAAACUAGCAGUCGAGUUACAAACACCCCCCCCAGAAAGCGAAAUCUAAUCGGUUCUCCCGGCCAGAUAGUGCGUGGGCUCUAAUCGCGGAAUCCGCAAUAAAUACCAUACCCCAACGGACAAGUGGUUGAUCCAGUGGCACUUCAGCGGCCAAACGGUCGAAAGAGAUUAUCUAGCCAACGGCUGGUGCAAAUAUGUAGUGCUCGUCGUUGUGUGUUUCCUUCCCUGUUCGGUCGUGUCUUCGCAGUUGUUGGAAAAACUAAGACAAACCAGAAACGGAAUCGAUUCCAAGUGCAGUGCAGUGGUAGACGCCAAACAACAAGAAGAAGAAGCUGAGUAGAGAGAGGAAAGAGUGAAGAGUGCAUUCCAUAUGGAAAACCAGCUCCAGCUGCAGUUACACCUCCAAUGUUUUUUGUAAAUCGAAGCAGGAACUGCAGAAAAGCAACAACAAGAGAGCAGCAGUCCCAACGAUCGAGCUGACAAAAGAGAAUAGCGACAAAACAAAGAAGCAAGCGAACAAAGAACACCAGCCAAGAAAAACAGAGAACAGAGUGUCUGCCAGAGACGAGAAAAGAGAGAGGAGAGCGGAGAGCGGAGAGCCGAACUGGAGCCGUUUACAACGGACAACGACAAGAGUUCGUUCUGUCGGAUAGAGACACUGAUAUUCAAGUGUUCAAGUGUGUCGCUGCAAGAUACAGUGAGAGAGACUAAGACAGAUCCCGCGCAGCAGCCCCAGCAUCAACAUCAUUAGGAGAGACAGAGUGAGAGAGGAAAACCCCCCAAAAAAGCUCAAUACGAAUGGUGUGCACACAGCGUAAAUACGACAAAAUUGUUAAUUAAGACGCCAAAUGUUUGGCAGUCGAGGCGGGAGGCAAAGUAAACCAAGAGAGACAGCGGGCAUUUGCGCUGAGAGAGAGAGAGAGAGAGAAGUGCGGGUGCAAUUACCUUGUGCUUGUGUGAGUGUGUUGUUUUCCGUUUACCUGAACAGCUGUCUGUGCACACGAUCUCUCUUCGCUCUCCGCUCACUCAACCACUCUCUAUUUUUGGGUCGUUUAACACCCGCAUCAUCUCCAAACCAAGCCGUUAUCAGUCAAUGGCACUGCCUGCACCCCCCCUGCUCGCGACAGUUUUCUGCAAGUAAUUGAGCACAAGCAGACAGGAGAGAAGCAGACGGAGAAAGAGAGAGAGGAACGGUUAAGAAAACACAUCCGUAAUUGGGAGAAACGCAACCCAGACGAAGGACCGCCCUCUAAGCCUCACAAACACACAACACACACAGACACAGAAUGCCACGUGCCACAAGCCAUGAUGUGGCCUUGCCACCCACUCAAGAUGAUCUCACAGUGGCCCAGAGCAGAUCCAAGUCCAACACACUGAACUCCCAGCGGAAUGGAGUCGGUGCGGGAGGAACUGGAACCUUCGGGGGCUACAGCAACGGAAAGAGUGGGUCCGACAAGCUAACGAAGCUCCAGAUGAUAUUGGAGGCCUUCGGCCUGCGCAAUCAAUCACAGAACCGCGAGCCAACGUCCAAGGAUAUUGGCACACUGAUAAUGCUGGGUGUGAUGUUCCUGGUCUUCGUGAUCAGUGUUACCGGAUUCUUUGUGAUGUGGUUCACUGAGUACUACAACAACACCAUGCUGGAGAAUCUGGUACUGGCCGAGAACUCGGACACGGCCAAGAACUGGCUCAACCCAGACCCCAAGUUCGAUACGCUGCUGAAGGCUCACAUCUUCCACUACCCCAACAUACAGGACUAUCUGGCAGGACGGGCCGAAAAGAUACAGAUACGCGAUAUGGGGCCCCUAGUGUACCAAGAGCACACGGUCAAGGACGAGGUUUCGUUCAACAAGAAUUUCACGGUCACCUUCAGGGAUCACAAGUCGUACAAGUUUCUGCCGGAAAAGUCGAGCAUACGGGAGGAUGAUGUGCUGCUGGUUCCAAAUGUGCCGCUCAUCAGUGCCGCCGGCCAUGUGAAGCGGAUGCCUAUUGGCACGCGGCUUCUCUCUGGCAUGUUAAUCAAUGGGUUCAACGAGCCCCUCUUCAAGAAUCUUACGGCUGCAGAGUACCUUUGGGGCUACGAGGACAAGAUCAUCAAACUGAAGAGUCUGGGCAAGGGAAAGCGGCGUUUCGGCCUGCUAAUGAGCCGCAACGGAACCAGCGUGGACUCGGUUCAGGUGAACACCGGCGAAGAUGACAUCACCAAGUACAGCACCAUCACCCAGUUCAAUGGCAUGCCCCAGCUGGACUACUGGGAGGGGGAAAAGUGCAAUCGUAUUGAUGGCUCGGAGCCCUCGAUGUUCUCCCCGAACCUCUUGCAGACUCGCGAUACAGUUCACGUCUUUCUGCAAGUGUUGUGUCGCAAGGUGCCACUCCACUUUGAAAAGGAGGUUACCAUUUACGACGACAUCGAUGUGCUUCGCUACCGUACGCCCAUGGACGUGUUUGAUCAUCCGUCCGAGAACCCGGCGAAUCAGUGCUAUUGCACCAACACGGAGCGUUGCUUGCCCAGCGGAGUAAUCAAUGCCACCAAAUGCUAUGGUGACUCACCCAUCUUUCCGUCCUUCCCGCACUUCUUCUCCGGCGAUCCGGUCCUGUACAAGAUCUUCGACGGCAUCAAGCCCGAUGCGGAGCUCCAUCAGACGUACGCCGACAUUCAUCCGCGCUUCGGUUUCCCCAUCAGCGGAGCUUCGCGCGUCCAGAUCAACAUUAUGCUGGACAAAACCCCCUUACUGAGGAAUCAAGGGGCUCGACUGGAGAACGCCACCAUCUUGCCCCUGAUGUGGAUCGAAAUAACGUCGGGCGACUUCUCGGAUGAGAUGCUGCACAUGCUUUAUGUGAGCACCUUCGGUCUAGAUGCCAUUCAAUUGGCACUCAAAUAUGGCACGCUGCUCAUCGCCGUAACCACCUUCAGCCUAAUCGUGGCCGGGGUCUAUUAUCUCAACAGCAAGCGAGAGGAGGGCCUUCAGGAGAGCAAGUCCUCUGCUGAGCUCGAGGCGCUGAACGGAGGCGUCGUGAUGGUUCAGGUGCAGCACUUCAACUUACCAGCACCAUGUGCCCCUUCUGCGUAGACCACGUGACCAAACAGUGCCAUUAAUUAGUUAGUUAUUUAGUUAGUUAGUCAAGGGGCGGGAACGGGGGAAAGUUAUACAGACUUGAUGCGAUUUUCGAAUUUUCCUAGGAUUAAAUGCACAACCUUAGUCUACAAAGAGUCAGUCAGUUACCUGUAGUCUGUAGCCUUCAGUUUGUAAAUAUGUAAAGAUGUUAAUAAACUUUAUAUUCUCGUGAAUUGUA